GUCUUAAACAACCCACAAUCUGAAUCAACUGCCAAGAAAUCAUCUUUACCUGUUCUGUUAUAUCACACAUUCCUUGGUUAUGUUCUCAAAAUAUUCUACGAGGACACCUGUUAAAUUUCCAUGUAUUGGGUCAACAACACCAGUGGGUAUAAAGAAGGGGACUGAGCCCAGUAGACUACAUUAAAUCUGAAGAGACAUUGUUUCAAAUUGAGGGGUGUUGUAGCUUGGCUUGUGUUGCUGUACUGUCUGUCUGGGACAUGGGCUCAGGGGGAGAGUGGAGGGGACAGAGAGAAGAAUAUCACUGAACAGGCUCACAGAGACGGAUGAAAGAGCAAGGAGAGUGAUGCUGAAUAGUCGACCACCCAGCCUGAUAUCUGGACUGAGCUGAAGGUGCUGAGGAACAUGGUGGUGGAACAGAGAGUGGAGCUGAGGAACGUGGUGGUGGAACAGAGAGAGGAGCUGAGGAACAUGGUGGUGGAACAGAGUGAAGCUGAGGAACAUGGUGGUGGAGCUGAGGAACAUGGUGGUGGAACAGAGAGUGAAGCUGAGGAACAUGGUGGUGGAACAGAGAGUGAAGCUGAGGAACAUGGUGGUGGAACAGAGAGUGGAGCUGAGGAACAUGGUGGUGGAACAGAGAGUGGAGCGGAGGAACAUGGUGGUGGAACAGAGAGAGGAGCUGAGGAACAUGGUGGUGGAACAGAGUGGAGCUGAGGAACAUGGUGGAACAGAGAGUGAAGCUGAGGAACAUGGUGGUGGAGCUGAGGAACAUGGUGGUGGAACAGAGAGUGAAGCUGAGGAACAUGGUGGUGGAACAGAGUGGAGCUGAGGAACAUGGUGGUGGAACAGAGAGUGAAGCUGAGGAACAUGGUGGUGGAACAGAGUGGAGCUGAGGAACAUGGUGGUGGAACAGAGUGGAGCUGAGGAACAUGGUGGUGGAACAGAGUGGAGCUGAGGAACAUGGUGGUGGAACAGAGAGUGAAGCUGAGGAACAUGGUGGAGGAACAGAGAGUGGAGCUGAGGAACAUGGUGGUGGAACAGAGAGUGGAGCUGAGGAACAUGGUGGUGGAACAGAGAGUGGAGCUGAGGAACAUGGUGGAGGAACAGAGAGUGGAGCUGAGGAACAUUGUGGUGGAACAGAGUGGAGCUGAGGAACAUGGUGGUGGAACAGAGAGAGGAGCUGAGGAACAUGGUGGUGGAACAGAGAGUGGAGCUGAGGAACAUGGUGGUGGAACAAAGAGUGGAGCUGAGGAACAUGGUGGUGGAACAGAGAGAGGAGCUGAGGAACAUGGUGGCGGAACAGAGAGAGGAGCUGAGGAACAUGGUGGUGGAAGAGCGAGUGGAGCUGAGGAACAUGGUGGUGGAACAGAGAGUGGAGCUGAGGAACAUGGUGGUGGAACAGAGUGGAGCUGAGUAUCACUAAGACUGAACAGCAGUUCUACAAGAACAAGAUGGAGGAACUGGAGAGACAGAACACAGGAUUGCAGGCCAGAGUGAGAGCCAGGUAGAAGAGCUGAAGACAGAGAAUGCAGGUGUCUUCAGUGCUCCAGUGUCUGGUGGCUUUGAGAGACUGACCAUGUUGAUCUGUUAUUCCUCUGAUGCAGGUGGUUUCAGUGCUCCAGUGUCUGGUGGCUUUGAGAGACUUGAUAGUGUUGAUCUGUUAUUCCUCUGAUGCAGGUGUCUUCAGUGCUCCAGUGUCUGGUGGCUUUGAGAGACUGAUAGUGUUGAUCUGUUAUUCCUCUGAUGCAGGUGUCUUCAGUGCUCCAGUGUCUGGUGGCUUUGAGAGACUGAUAGUGUUGAUCUGUUAUUCCUCUGAUGCAGGUGUCUUCAGUGCUCCAGUGUCUGGUGGCUUUGAGAGACUGACCAUGUUGAUCUGUUAUUCCUCUGAUGCAGGUGUCUUCAGUGCUCCAGUGUCUGGUGGCUUUGAGAGACUGACCAUGUUGAUCUGUUAUUCCUCUGAUGCAGGUGUCUUCAGUGCUCCAGUGUCUGGUGGCUUUGAGAGACUGACCAUGUUGAUCUGUUAUUCCUCUGAUGCAGGGGUCUUCAGUGCUCCAGUGAGAGGAGUACAUGGACUUUGGUUUGUUCAGGAAUGACCAGGGUGUAAUGUGGAAUGGACAGUACAAUAGUCACGGAAGGUGACAGUAUCUCUCCAAUUCUGGGACUCUAGAACUGGAGGAGGGGGACUUGGUUUACAUGAGUCUCUUAUCAGGCUAAAGGAUCUAUGAUGAUUCUAAUAAACACAGCUCCUUCAGUGACUUCCUGCUCUUUCCUAUGUGAGAUGAACACCACAAAAGCUGUAAUAAAAAGUCCAAUCUGUUAUGACAUUCCAUGAAACAUUAUGACGCUAAAAUAAAAUGACUUAACGUCUUCUGUUCUGUUGACGUUUGACUGUAUUUACUUUGAUAUUGAUGAAUGUUAUUCAGCUCAGUACUUUGACUGUAUUUACUAUGAUAUAGAUGAAUGUUAUUCAGCUCAGUAGUUUGACUGUAUUUACUAUGAUAUAGAUGAAUGUUAUUCAGCUCAGUAGUUUGACUGUAUUUACUAUGAUAUAGAUGAAUGUUAUUCAGCUCAGUGGUUUGACUGUAUUUACUAUGAUAUAGAUGAAUGUUAUUCAGCUCAGUAGUUUGGGUGGAAGGCAAUGGGUCAGCGUUGGGGGUUAGAGUGGUAAUAUAUUUAUUGUAUGUAACUACAGACAGAAUUAAAUAACUGUCCAGUUCAGUUUAACUGACCAUUUCCAUCAGAAAUUGCUCAAUUACGAUGCUAAAGUGAAUGUUUAAGUGGUAAAUCACAUCCACUUCAUUCUUUCUCUGCUUAAUGAUAACACAAGCAGCCCAUUUAGCAUAUUAAAGCUAUACUGCUCCCAUAUUGAUCUGUUACACCUAUCCAUCUACUAACCGACAUACAGGCUGGUCAGUAUCACCAAACACAGACGGCAAACUUUAAAGGUACAAUCCUGAGUUUGUGUCAGCCCACCCACUUGGUUUGGUGUAAAGCUUAGAGAUGGGUCUAGUCCUGCUUGGUAACAUUAUUCCUAUAAAAGUUUCAGAAGUUGCACUACAUGGCAGUUUGGAAGUCAGUAGGGAGUGUUGAAACUGAGGGCAGACACUUUUUACGCACUGCACCCUUCAGCACUCGGCAGUCCCGUUCUGUGUGCUUGUGUGGCCUGCCACUUUGUGGCUGAGCUGUUGUUGCUCCUAGACGUUUCCACUUCACAAUAACAUCACUUACUGUUGACCGGGGCAGCUCUAGCAGGGCAGAAAUUUGACAAACUGACUUGUUGGAAAGGUAGCGUCCUAUGACGGUGCCACGUUGAAAGCAGUUCUUUGUGUAGGUGAAGAAUAUGAAUGACUGAGUAAUGUGUACAUGUUUAAGUUCCUCCCUGGUAUAUCCGGAGAGUUAACUUCCUUGUAAUUGCUUGAAUAAAAUCUUAACUUGAAAAUGAGCUCUGCUUGAUCCUUGGAACAAUUUUUUCUUCAACAGUAUACACAGAGGACAGGUGUAGAAAAGCACUAUGCCAGAGUGCCGGGGUUAAGGAGGUGACAGGAGUGUCAGGGAGGGAAACUAAAUAUGCCCCUCGUACACUCACACACACUCCACAUCUUGAUUCUGGUCUCAGGACUUUCCCUGGGGGGUGUGACCAAAGGUUAUUAUUAGUGUCUGUCUCAACUGUCUUUCUCCCUCUCUCAAUCUCCUGUAUCCUUCUCAUAUCUCUCCUUCCCUAUCUACUUUCUCCUCUGUCUCUUUGCUUCUCUGUUCUGUCUUCAUUGGUUCAUCUAAUCUGUCUUUUUCUCUCAUCUUGUUUCAUUCGUACUUCACUCUCUCACUUUUGUCUCUUCUCUGCCACUCUAUUUUUCUUUUUGCUGUUUUCUCUUCCCUCUGUUGACUUUUGUCUGUUCUGUCUUCCUCACUCUUAUAUUCGUUUGUCUUCCUCUGCACUGCUUUUUGCUCUGUCAUUAGUUUCUGUCUCCUCUCUUCAGUCGUCUUUCUUUUUCCUGUUUCACUGUUUGUGGACUUUAUCCUUCCUUCUUCGCUGUCUUCUUUCCCUACACUGUAUCUUCCUCUCCCUCUUUUCCCUUAACUCCUUAAUUCCCUCUCUGUUCUGAGUUAUGGGGAAGACAGAGUUGUACUCUGUGUAUAAGAGCUUCCUGGACUGUCUCUGCCUCUCUCGGAGCAGCAGUGAGGGGCCAGAGAAGAAUGAGAAGGCCCCUGAUGAUGGUCACCUGGCCUACCAGAAUGGAGACGUUCUACAAGAGAGAUAUGAGGUUAUCAGUCUGUUGGGAGAGGGCACCUUUGGAAAGGUGGUGACGUGUGUGGACCGGCGCAGGGCUGGGGCACGUGUAGCUCUGAAGAUCAUUAAGAACAUGGAGAAGUACAGACAAGCUGCUAAACUGGAGAUCAAUGUCCUGGAGAAAAUCAACGAGAAAGACCCACACAACAAACAUCAAUGUGUUCAGAUGCUGGACUGGUUUGACUACCAUGGUCAUGUGUGUAUCUCCAUGGAGCUGCUAGCCCUCAGCACCUUUGACUUCCUGAAGGAGAACAACUUCCUGCCGUAUUGUAUGGAUCACAUCCGCCAGAUGGCCUACCAGAUCUGCCUCGCUGUCAACUUUCUCCAUAUCAACAAGCUGACCCACACUGACCUCAAACCUGAGAACAUCCUGUUUGUCAACUCUGACUACACCAUCACUUACAACGCUGAGAAGAAGCGGGAUGAGAGGAAAGUGAAGGAUACAACAGUAAGGCUGGUGGAUUUUGGCAGUGCCACGUUUGACCACGAACACCACAGCACCAUCAUAUCUACACGCCACUACCGUGCUCCUGAAGUUAUUCUGGAGCUGGGCUGGAGUCAUCCGUGUGAUGUCUGGAGUAUCGGCUGCAUCCUGUUUGAGUACUAUGAAGGCUUCACCCUAUAUCAGACCCAUGACAACCAGGAGCACCUGGCCAUGAUGGAGAGAGUACGGGGACCUCUCCCCUCUACGAUGAUCUGCAAGACCAGGAAGCAGAAGUAUUUUCAUUGCAGGCGUCUAGACUGGAACGAUAACUCCAAGGCAGGACGAUACGUCACAGACCACAUUAAACCUCUAUGGAGAUACCGGUUAUCAGAAGCUAAGGAGCAUCAUCAGUUCUUUGACCUGUUGGAGAAGAUGCUGGAGUACGAGCCCUCCAAACGCCUCUCUCUCUCCUCCGCCCUCCUCCAUCCCUUCUACCUACCACUCCGUAGGGGCAGCAAGGCCUGGGAGAGCACCCGGAACAUCUGCCGAUGACCACUGACCUUUAACCCUUGACAUGGAUGUGAUGAAGGACAGCCCAACCAUGUCAUACAACGUGCCAUUGUAAUCUGUCAGGAAGUUGUGCUUUGUGACAAACUGGUGUCCGGAAUCCCUGUGUAUUAUGAGGGAAAUAGGCUAAUCUGACCUCAGUGUCUGGGGCAAAUGUAUCAUUCUCCACCUUUAACAUAAAAAAUGGAAUGGA